AAAGCUUGGUUCUACUCAAAAAUAAAAAAUAAAAAAAUCGAGCCAGCCGCUCGCUUCCCGUCCCGACCUCCCAAUUUCGCCGUCUCCCCGCUCAUCGCUCGCCGCUGGCCGGACGCCCAGAGCCGCAGCCUCUCCGUCCCGCCCGCUCGGCGUUUGGGGCUCGGCAGCAGCCGCGCCACCGCAACUGUGCGGGCCGUGCCCCUGCCUCUGGCCGCCAGGCGCCCCUGCAAGCCGGCGCACGCCGCCCACUCCGCACACCGGCGCUCGGCCGGCAGGCAGCAGCAAGCCAGCAACCAUCCUUGUUGAUUUGAGGAGAAUCACCCUGUUUUCAAAUCCUAGAUCCGCCACUGUCGUCACUCUUCUCCACCACUCAGACCCAGCAUAGCAGCAAGGAAGUGGACGGGAGGAUGAUGGGAAGCAACAACCCCAGCGGCGCAGGCGGAGGGAUGGCUCCGGGCAUGGGGGCGGGCAGCAGCGACGGGCGGCACGAUGACGAGGCCGUACUCACCGAGUUCCUCUCCUCCCUCAUGGACUACAACCCCAUGAUUCCGGAUGAGCUUGUGGAGCACUACCUCGGCCGCAGCGGCUUCCACUGCCCCGACCUACGCCUUACAAGGUUGGUUGCUGUAGCUACUCAAAAGUUCAUUUCAGACAUCGCAAGUGACUCCCUUCAGCAUUGCAAAGCCAGGGUUGCAGCACCUAUCAAAGACAACAAGAGCAAACAACUGAAGGAUAGACGUCUUGUAUUGACGAUGGAUGAUCUUUCAAAAGCCCUGCGUGAGCAUGGUGUUAACCUGAAACAUCCAGAGUAUUUUGCGGACAGCCCAUCAGCAGGGAUGGGCCCUUCAACAAGAGAGGAGUAGAACAAUCACUUCUUCCCGUACCAAGAAAUGCCCUUACAAGUUUAUGUACCGUUGCAGCAACAUAACAUUAUGAGCAUCUACGCGAUGGCUGUUCUUUAUGUAUUAUGGACCAGCAGUGUGUGGUUGCCACCAUUUUGAUGCUUAUCAAGUUCUCCAAGUCACCCCCUAUCUUGGAUUGAUUGCA